AAAAUAAAUUCCAAAAUAUACGAGUGCAGUUGGAUCGCGAAAACGGGUUCUUUUGUAGUUUCCAACACAUUUACAGUUUAUUGGUGAUGGUAUUGUAGGAUGUACCCCCGCCUACCUCUACUGACAAUAUGUCUGGCCAUCAUAAACUUUUGCACGUGCGCCAACAUCCUCAUGAUCACCAUGGGCGGUACCAAAUCGCACAAGAUCCCGUUCUGGGAACUAGCCAAAGGUCUCAUUCCCAGAGGUCACAACGUCACGUUCAUCAGCGCCUUUUUGCCUGACUUCCACGUAACUGGACUGGAAGAAAUCACACCUGUAGGUCUGGUGUUUUACGUCAGAAACUUCACCAACUGGGAUUUGGUAGGAGCUAGAAUGAAGGGGGAGGAACCCGUUUCUCCGCUGAAUAUGGUUAGGUAUGCAACCGAGGCUUGCGACGUCUUGUUGUCCGACCCAGAAACUCAAGAUUUCCUGGACCAAAGACGUAAAUUCGACUUACUAAUCCUGGACGGAGCGUAUCCUGAGUGCGCUCUCGGCUUCGCACAUCAUUUCAACGCUCCUUUCAUGUAUAUCAACACUGUCGGAUUCUACACGGGAUCAUUAUCCCUUGCAGGAAAUCCCGUGCCGUAUGCUGUAACUCCGUUUUUGUCUCUGGCGUAUACGGACAACAUGAAUUUGUACCAAAGAACGGCCAAUACGUUAAUGAAUUUGGCUGCGAACUCGUUGCAUUCCGUUAUGGUAAAAUGGGUACUUCAAGACAUGUUAAGGAAACAUUUUGGGGAUGACAUACCACACAUUUAUGAAAUGUCGAAAAACGUGAGCUUCAUUUUACAGAAUGGUUAUCCUUCGAUGACCUAUCCCAGACCUUACCUACCCAACGUUGCAGAAAUUGCUUGCAUCCAUUGCAGGAAAGCCAAACCACUACCAGAGGACCUCGAAGACUUCAUCAGAGAUUCAGGAGAUGCCGGUUUUAUCUACUUCAGUAUGGGCUCCUCAGUAAAAGCUGUCAACAUGCCUGUAUACCUGAGACAAUUAUUGAUGAUUGUAUUCAAAAGUUUACCUCAACGCGUAUUAUGGAAAUAUGAAUCCGAAGAUGAUAUGCCCGAUUUACCUAGCAACGUCAAAUUGGGAAGAUGGUUGCCUCAACAGGAUAUUCUAGGGCAUCCAAAGCUGCGUGCUUUUGUAACACACGGUGGUCUCCUCAGCAUGUUCGAGACUGUUUAUCAUGGAGUACCAAUAGUAACCCUUCCAGUCUUCUGCGACCACGAUUCCAAUGCAGCCAAAGCUGAGCUGGAUGGAUACGCAUUAAAAUUGGAUUUCGAGACUUUAUCAGCGGAAAAAUUAGUGUGGGGUAUCAAGAAAAUAAUUCACGAUCCGAAAUAUAGAAGAGAAGUGAAGAACCGCCAGUAUCUACUGAUGGAUCAGAAAGAAACUCCUCUGCAAAGGGCUGUCUAUUGGACAGAGUAUGUUAUAAGGCAUAGAGGAGCUCAACACCUACAUUCGCCUGCUAGACAUCUUGGGGUAAUCCAGUAUUAUCUCAUAGAUGUCGCUGUAGUUAUUUUAAGCAGUUUGAUUCUGUUUUGGUAUCUUUUCAAGUGGACUUUGAAAAUAUUUGUGAAAAAUUUUGUGAGCACUGAAGUGAUUGACAAGAAGAAUAUAAAAAUAGACUGAUACAGGUUUGAUGUAAAUAAAUGUGUGUGUGAGAA